UGAUACUUGAGGACGGCUGACGGCAGCUGGCAGCAGCUCCAGACCAGACACGUGCGCGAGGUGUUUCGUUAUGUCAUAAUAAAGAACGAUUAAGAAAAAGGAAAAAAACAAACAAGUAUCGGACAACUGCAUGAGAAUUUUUUUCUUAAUACUAGCGUAUGGCAUAAUAUUGCUUAAAGUAGGACCAUCGACUCAGUGAAAGUGCGUCACCAUGUAUAUCAUCGCUGAAGUUUGACGAAUCUUGGUGUUUACUGACAAGACUGAUGAACGAAAGAAGAAUCGUGAAACGAUCGACAUCGAGAAAUUCAGCUGCAAUAAUGUUCUUCCAUGUUGAACCUAACCUAUAAGCGUGGGAAUGGAAGAAAUUCCCACCUCGUCCUCGUCGAGCGACGUAGUUUCUAGUCAGAGAUCAUUACCGUCCACUCACGAUUCCGGAUGGAAUGAUCCACCGGAGUGGGCAUUGUCCUCGCAAGAUAAUUCAUCAGGGACAUCCACCAGGAGACUCCUGAACAAGCGAGUGGCAUUCCCACUAUCUUCGCAAACUCCUUCUCCAGAGAAGGCUACUGUUUUGCCUGCAUCAUUGAAUAUGCCUCCUACUUUACAGUCUACCACAGUUCCCACGAUAACCACGGCUCCCCACAAACCUCUUCUGGCUCCUACCGAUAAGGACUAUGCAAAGACAAUAGAAUCUGAUGAUAAUUUCGAUAAAGAUCAAGCUUUGACAGAAAUUUUGACCAGUUUAGAAUCUGUGAUGAUGGAGCAGAAGAUGGAAGAGAACAAGGUGAAGGAAAUGCGAAAACGAUUAGAUACCAUGAAAUCUAAUUGGCUCGAAAACAAACUGAAUGAUACAGUACAGAGAAAUAUCUUGAAUAUAUCGAAAGCGCUGCUAAGGAAAGAUGUCAAGGAAGCCGACAAAAUCCAUGUUACUCUUAUGAUGCAACAUGCAACUGUUUGUCGUACUUGGAUGCCAGCAAUCAGGCAUAUAAUAUUCGAAUUAAAAAAGGAAUCUGAGAAAUCCAACAUCUCGCAACCAGAGCAGCCACCUCUGUUAUUUGUCGACUCGAAUAAAAAUUGAUUUUUUUUUUACUAAAAGUAAGCUCAUAAAUAUAUAAUAUAAAA